CCCCUCUAUGGCCGCGGGAGGCGGCGCUCCUGCCUCGUCUCCAUGGUCGGCGGGGCAUUUGGGUUGGCAAACGGGGGCAGCAGGGGAGGGGAGUGGUGACGGGAGAGGAGAGGAGAGGAGGCGCUGCUGGGGCAGAGUGGUUCAUGCAGUUUUGAGCAGACUCCUCCUCCUGAAUCUCUGAGAAGCAACAGAGAGCUCUUUAUGGUGUGGGAUUUCACUACAGAAAAGUGCCCCUGCUACCUGGCACGACAGUUGUCUUUGCUGCAGUAACAAGAAAACAGCUUCACUACAGGAAGGAAACCAGGGGCAGGAUCAAGUCAACUCUUGUAAUGUCCACCUUCCACUUCUUGCUGAAUUAGAAAGACAUGCAUUCAAAAUCCCAAGGACGCUUGCCAGAAUGCAGCACUACAGACCUCUUCUUUUUAUUUUGACUUUCCUGCUUUCCUUGAAGUGUGCUGUGACAGGGAUACAUCAAGGGCAGUAUCAAGGAAGAAGUUCAUAAACUAGAGCAGGGCCAUGGGAUUGAGCUAUGCCAGCCUUCAUGUCUCAUACAAGCUCAAGCUCUUGAUGCUCAUCAGCAUGUGUAUCCUGCUGGUGGGUUGGGUCACCUCCACUUACCUAGUGGAUGCUUUCCAUGAAAGUCCAAAGAUGAAAAGCUUGGCAGGAUACGUCAGGAAAACAACCACUGCUGCAGAGGACCAAAAGGGAAACUCAGACAGAAAUGCUGUGCCUACUGUGAAACUACCCAUCACAAUGUCUCCUUGUCCCUCCCUGUCUCCCUAUCUGCGGGGCCCCAGCAAGCUUGUCUUCAAAGCAUCUAUUAGCCUAGAAGAGGUGCAGAAAGAGAAUCCUCAGGUUGUAAAGGGUCGCUUUUGCCCUAAAAGCUGCUUAGCUCAUCAACGAGUUGCUAUACUGAUCCCACACCGCAAUCGUGAGAGGCAUUUGUUGUACCUGCUAGAGCACCUUCAUCCUUUCCUCCAGCGGCAGCAGCUGGACUAUGGCAUCUAUGUCAUCCACCAGGCUGGCAAUGCGAAGUUUAACAGGGCAAAACUGCUCAAUGUGGGAUACCUGGAAGCACUGAAGGAAGAGAACUGGGAUUGUUUCAUCUUCCAUGAUGUUGACUUGGUGCCAGAAAAUGACUUCAACAUUUACAAGUGUGGCAGUCAGCCAAAACAUUUGGUGGUGGGCAGAAAUAGCACAGGCUACAGGUUGAAUUACCAAGGUUACUUUGGGGGUGUAACUGCUCUAACAAGGGAGCAAUUCUCAAAGGUGAAUGGAUUUUCUAACAACUACUGGGGCUGGGGAGGAGAGGACGAUGACCUCCGGAUCAGGGUUGAAAUGCAGAAGAUGAAGAUUAUCAGGCCUUCCUCCAGUGUAGCCAGGUACACAAUGAUCUUUCAUACAAGAGACCGAGGGAAUGAGGCAAAUGGACAGAGGAUGACUCUCUUGCGUCAGGUAUCUCGAGUAUGGAAAACUGAUGGCUUAAACUCCUGCUCUUACAACCUGUUGUCUGUGAAAUACAACCCUUUGUAUGCCAACAUCACAGUGGAUUUGGGCAAGCCAAUGAAAAUUUCAUAAUCGCCUCUUUUCAGCCUAAUGAGUUUUGUCAGAAUGGCUGGUGGGGAGGGUUCCAGUGUCAUGGCUGGAGAAAAUGGACAUCUUGCUGUUGAUGGCUCCGUAGCAGCAUUUACAUUAUGGGGGAAUAGAGUCUAUCCUCCAGAUCCGUGGAUUCAACCAUCCAUAGCUUAAAAAUAUCCCCACCCCCCACCCCAAUCCAAAAAGCAAACUUUGAUUUUGCUAUGUUUUAUAAGGGACACCAUUUUACGACACCACUGAAUAUAAUGGGACUUGAGUGUCCACAGAUUUUGGUAUCCACAGUGGGCCCUGGAACUAAACUCCAGUGGAUACCAAGGGCCCUGUAAUAUCAUUUUAAAAAAAAAUCUCCUGGUAGAUAUAUCCUCAGGAGAGUUCUGUUCAUUUGACUUGGGAGACAUCUCUGUAAGUCGGGCUUUUCCUUUGGGAAAAAGCCCAAUCCUUUCUUUUGGGGGCGAAUCCAAUUCUCCCUUCUGAAAGCUAUCUGUUUUGAUAGUUGGUGCUGGAUCUCCACCUUUUUGAAGUGGAAAGAGGGAUUUAAAAAAACAAUACUGCCAUGCCUUUUCAAAAGUGCAAAAACAAGACAAGGGCUUUUUUUUCAUUCAGAGGAAUUAGUUCAAUUUUAAUACAUUUUAAAAAAUGGGAUUACAGUAUUGAAGAUGUCAGGUUCUUACUCAACCAAUAAGGCAAGUGAUCAUCAUAAGCAAUAUCUGAGGGGAAGGUAUACAGUUGUGCCCUGUAAAAACAGACAACCCAGUGAGAAUGAGGGAAAGCAGAAAACUCGAAUAAAACAUUACAGGUCUCACCAAAAAGGAGUCUGUUGUCUUAGUUAAGCUUUCUAAUUACUGUGCCAGUUUAAGAAUAUCUCAGAAGCCCAUUUAAUUCUGCAGCCAGUUUGUAAUAAUGACAGUAGCAAAGUAUGAUUUCCAUUGUAUUUGUCUAAGAAAGAUGGCAGAGGAAUGCAGAAUUAAUAGAAGAUAGCCAUUUGAAACUCAUGGAAUGAUAGGCAUAUUGUUCUUACACAGAAUUCUCUGAAAACACAGUAAGUAACCUGAGCAGCAAAAGAUAUCUGGGUACUUAAUAGUUACAUUUAAUUAACCUUGGGUUUUAUACGUAAAAGUAUAGCAGGUUUUAUUGGGAAGAGUGAAGCAUCACAACUUCGUCAACAGAAGGACUUCUGUCAAUAGUAGUGUUUCUCUUACGACAAAGUCAGUUUACCUUUGUCCACUAAUUGUUUAUUUUAAUAGAAAAUAAAACAGGUAAUUGGAAUAUUAAAAGAAAAAAACAUUUGGGUCAGUUACUUCUAUUGAGAUUUGAAUGGAAGUUGAAAAUGAAAUUGUGAGAAAAGUGAGAAAAAUAUCAAACUAUCUUUUUGCGAACUACUCGAUGGAUAAGGAUUGUGUCUACACCACCUUUUCCCCAGAAAACACAAGUCGGAUUCACAUGUGUCUUUUAUACCAUCUAAUGCAGCAUGAAGCACAAAUUAUCAUGUACACUGCAUUAAUAGUGGGCAGGUGCUUAAUCUAGGGUUGAUGUCUCCAGAAGAAAUUACUGAUGAUUACUUAUUACUGGGCCAAUAAAAGGAAAAAGCAGAGGUGGGCAAAGUGUGAUGCUCCAGAUGUUGCUAGACUGCACUCCUAGCAAAGAUCCAUAAUGUAAGAGGGAGGCUGAUGAGACUCAUCAAGCCCAUCAUCUAUCACCCCUUCCUUCUGAUUGAUGUGAAAACAAAUGGUGCUGCAAAUUGUAUCCUUCAACUUGCUGAAAUGGACUAGAGCUCUGGGUAUGAAACUAAAGAUUCUUGGGGCACAGUUUGUUAUUUAAUUGCUCCUUCCUACUGAAGGACAUGGCCCAGGGAGAAGAGCAGAAUACUAGGAGUGAACAAUUGCCUGCACAGAUGGUGCUAUUUUAAGCAUUGGCCUUUCCCCCCAAAAAGGGAUAUCUUGUAAGAGAUUGGUUGUACCUUAAGGUAGUGGGUAAGAAUGUAUUUGCUAGGAGUCUCACAAACCUGAUAUAGAAGGUUUUAAACUGAGUUACAUGAUUCCAAAGAAUAGGGGGACACCAACUACUAGGGACAAUAGUCUUAAUGAUAUGGGGGCAAAAGGGUCAAUAAUACAAGAGCCCAAAACUGGUCAGAAAAAUCAAGGACCCAGCUGGAGAGAACGACACAUGGUCCUAGAUGCCUCUAUACUAAAACAUAGAGCGUGGGAAAUAAGACGAAUGUGAACUCUGAACAGGAAGGCAAAUUAACAGGCAUCACUGAAGUGUGGUGGGAUGAGUCUCAACAACUGAUAUGCAGUAAUGGAGAAGUACGACCUAUUCUAAUAAAAUAGACCAAGCAAGAAAAGAGCAGUAGCAUAGUAUAUAUAAAGGACUAGCACGCCUGUGAGGAAAUCCACGAUU